UUAAUAAAUCCAACGGUUGAGAGUUUUUGAAGAACGGUAGCUGAUCUCAGCAAAGUUAGUCUUGAAAGUUGGUUUCUUUUUAUUUAUUCAUGCAGAGCAUCUGGUAUUCUUAUUCACCUUUUUCUCUCUUUUCUUGUUUCAUCAAACUGGUCAAUAUGGGAGUAAAAGCCUUUCUUGUUGCCUUUUUUCUCUCAACGCUGUUAUUACCUCUGGUCUUCUCUACAUCAAAUGAUGGCUUGGUUAGAAUUGGUUUGAAAAAGAUCAAAUAUGAUCAAAACAACCGGCUUGCUGCUCGCUUAGAAUCCAAGGAGGCGGAGGUUUUGCGGGCCUCUAUUAGGAAGUACAACUUCCGUGGUGAUCUUGGGGUAUCUGAGGAUACAGAUAUUGUAGCACUAAAGAACUAUAUGGAUGCUCAGUACUUUGGAGAGAUUGGUGUAGGCACUCCCCCUCAGAAGUUCACUGUGAUCUUUGAUACCGGUAGCUCUAAUUUGUGGGUGCCUUCAGCAAAGUGUUACUUCUCAGUCCCCUGCCUUUUCCAUUCCAAGUAUAAGUCCAGCCAAUCAAGCACUUAUAAGAAAAAUGGGACAUCUGCUGCAAUUCAUUAUGGCACUGGAGCAAUAUCUGGAUUCUUCAGUCAAGAUAACGUCAAAGUUGGUGACCUUGUUGUGAAAAAUCAGGAGUUCAUUGAGGCAACCAGGGAACCCAGUGUGACAUUUUUGGUAGCCAAGUUUGAUGGUAUAUUGGGUCUUGGAUUCCGUGAGAUUUCUGUUGGAAAAGCUGUUCCAGUAUGGUACAACAUGGUCAAACAGGGUCUUGUCAAGGAGCCUGUCUUCUCAUUUUGGCUCAAUCGAAACAAAGAGGAAGAGAAAGGCGGUGAAAUUGUGUUUGGUGGGGUUGAUCCUAAGCACUUUAGGGGAAAACACACUUAUGUCCCAGUCACACAGAAGGGUUAUUGGCAGUUUGAUAUGGGUGAUGUUCUGAUCGAUGGACAAGCUACAGGUUACUGUGACGGUGGAUGUUCUGCAAUUGCGGAUUCGGGAACUUCUCUCUUGGCUGGUCCAACGACUGUAAUCACUAUGAUUAAUCAUGCCAUUGGGGCUUCUGGAGUUGUUAGCCAACAAUGCAAAACUGUUGUUCAACAGUAUGGCCAAACAAUAAUGGAUAUGCUUUUAACAGAGGCGAACCCAAAGAAGAUCUGUUCACAGGUUGGGUUGUGCACCUUUGAUGGAACUCGAGGUGUAAGCAUGGGCAUUGAAAGUGUUGUAGACGAGAAAGCUGGCAAAUCGGCAGGACUGCACGAUGCUAUGUGCUCUGCUUGUGAAAUGGCAGUUGUAUGGAUGCAGAACCAACUUAGACAGAACCAGACUCAGGAUCGCAUUUUGAACUAUGUGAAUGAGCUGUGUGAGCGACUUCCAAGCCCAAUGGGACAAUCAGCUGUUGAUUGUGGAAAGCUUUCUGGUAUGCCUAGUGUUUCCUUCACAAUAGGUGGCAAAAAGUUUGACCUCGCACCUGAGGAGUACAUACUCAAAGUGGGCGAGGGUCGCGCUGCACAAUGUAUUAGUGGCUUCAUUGCUUUGGACAUUCCUCCACCCCGUGGACCACUUUGGAUCUUGGGGGAUGUCUUCAUGGGUCGAUAUCACACAGUCUUUGAUUCUGGAAAACUUAGAGUUGGAUUCGCUGAAGCAGCUUAAUGAAACCCAAAAAAUGCAAGCCCCUACCAAAUGUUGUUGUGUAGUGACUUGCCCUUAGUAUAAGUCUUUAUGAACAAAUGGGAUUGUAAAAGUUUGGACGCAAGAGGAAAACUUUGUAAAUUUUGGGUUUUCUCGUUUGACUCUAGAUAGGUAGUACUGUUUGUGUUGGUUUAUAUGCUUGUCCUUGUUUUUCUUGUGUAAUAUCUAUCAUGGCGUAAUACAGGUGAUUUUGUUGUCGUGCAUCA